GUCAGCAUUGAUAAUGUUUGCACAUGUGAUGAUACAUAUUAAUUGUUGUAGGAAAUGGCGGACGAUGAGUUAACUGAUAUGAUGUAUGACAUGGAGUUUGGAGAACUGAUGAAAGACUGGAUAGAAGAUUGGUCAGAUGAUGAAAAUUCAGAUCGUGGAGAUAGGUCAGAGAAUGGGAACGUAUUGGAAGAUCUUAAUAUGGAUGAACAUGAUGAUGGUCAGGAAAACAAUGAGCAUGAUGAUGGUGAGGAAAACAACUCGGAGAUCUCGAAUGAAGAUUACAUUAGUCAGCUCAUUUCCGAAUGUCAUAAUGCGUACGACUAUUACGGUGAAUCCGACGCGGAGACAGGCCUUGAUGUCGAAUCAUUAGCUGCAUCUGAUUCUGGGGAGUCGCAAUCGUCGGUCAUCAUGAGUGAGGUAUGUAUGUAAUCAAUGUUGUAUGGAAGUAAUGUUAUACCAUAGAAAACUGUUUUCAUGGCUAUGUUAUGAUUGUGUGG